CCUGGGUUGUCAGCCAGGCUUGCAGCUUUGUCAGUCUGUAUCACAGAGAAACAGCAGAUGGAUUCAGCAUAUGAUCUAUGGCUUAAAAGAAGUCAGAUUUGCUGCUAUUCUGCUCUACCAGCCACGUCACCAGGGCAACAUGGCAUUCUCAGGCAAAUAUGAAUUCGAAAGCGAUGAGCACUAUGAUGACUUUGUAAAGAAGAUUGGUCUCCCCAGUGACAAGAUUGAAUUGGGAAGGAAUUGCAAAAUAGUCACUGAGGUGGUACAGAAUGGAAAUGACUUCACCUGGACACAGCAUUUCCCAGGCGGCCACACCACAACCAACAAGUUCACAAUUGGCAAGGAAGCAGACAUGGAGACAAUGGGUGGUAAAAAGUUCAAGGCAACUGUUCAAAUGGAAGAUGGAAAAAUAGUAGCUGAUUUUCCCAACUAUCAUCAUACUGUAGAGAUUUGUGAAGGAAAGCUAGUAGAGAUUUCUACUACUUCUGGUGUAGUCUACAAAAGGACCAGCAAAAGGAUUGCUUAA